CCGUACUAAUGUCGAUUAAAUACGAAUAUUGGAACGAACUGUCAAAUUUUUAAAAAACAAUGUUUGCGGUUGACUUGUUUAUUUUUAUUUUGGCAUUGAGUGUGGUGAUGUCAGAUUGUUACCAAGAAUCAGUGCGGUGUGUUGAUGAAGAAAAUAAUGCAGUUGACUGGUACGUGAUUUAUAAGCUGCCAAAGAUAAAAGCUUCAGACAAUGUGUUAAUUAGAAAUGGUCUUGCAUAUCUAUACAUGACAUCCAAUGCAAGCAAAGGGUGGGUUUUAUCCUCAAAAUCAGUAAACAGCACUGAUUCACUGCCUGGCAGGACAAUGAGUCAGCUGUAUGAGUCAUGUUCAAAUCAAAAUAGCAGCCUUCUGUGGUUAAUAUACAAUGAUGAGCCAGUUAAUGGUACUUCAUCUUUAGAUCUAGGACACACAAAAGGAGUUGUUGUGGCAAAUAUGGAUGGUGGAUUUUGGCUGGUUCACAGUGUUCCUAAGUUCCCUCCUGUUCCUUGCACAUCACAGAUGUAUGGGUACCCUGCAACAGGACUUCACUUUGGGCAGAGUUUCUUCUGCAUUAGUAUGGCUGCCAAAUCCCUGGAUAUUGUGGGAGAACAGCUAUUGUACAAUGAACCAGAACUCUACAGUUCACAGAUACCUUUUAAUUUAAAGGAUGUAUAUCCAAAUUUAUCACUUGCAUCCCAGAAAAAAUGGAUAGAAGCUGCACCUUGGUUCCACAUAGCUACACUUACAUCCAUGAAAGGAGAUUCCUUUUGGUCUUUUGCAAAAUCACGUCACUUUGGGGAAGAUUUGUAUGCAGACCUAGUGGCUCCUAAUCUGAAAUCUGACCUCUUUGUUGAAUCGUGGCAAAAUGGUGAAGGAAAACUUCCAUCGGAGUGCCAGUCAGACUUCAUUGUUGAGAACAUUGCAGCUGUAACAUGCAACACUGGAAAAUCACAAGUGGUUGAAUUCCAUUCAAGUAAGGAUCAUUCAAAGUGGACAGUUACAAGUAACAGCAGCAAUCCAUGGGUCUGCAUUGGUGAUAUAAAUAGAAUGGAAUCUCAAAAGAAGAGAGGGGGUGGCACUGUGUGCACUUCCAACAAAGAUUUAUGGAUUGCUUACAAAAGUACUGUACAAUCUGUUGAUUCCUGCCCAGUGGCGCAAGAUUUUAACAACAAAGCCUCUUACAUGGAGAAACAAGCAACUGUGUAUUUAUUGUUAUUUACAUUCAUUUAUAACAACAUGAUAUAAAUGCAAUGAAAUUACUGACAGU